UGAGCUGCAUAUCCGCCGCCCAACAAAAAGUCUUAUGACCUGCAUACCUUGCUUAUCAUAUGUUUUGGCAAAAAGAUAAGAGGGAAGGACGCUUUUUCUUAUACGUAUAUUUUGCUUAAAUAAAACCUAAACAAAACUCAGCAUGGGUGGCGGAGAUUUGAACUUGAAAAAAUCAUGGCAUCCGCACACGAUGAAAAAUCAGGAGCGAGUUUGGAAAGCGGAACAGGCAAAGCAAGAAGAGCAACGCAAGCUGGAUGAUCUGCGUAAGGAGAUCAAUGAAGAGCGGGAUCGGGAAGAGCUGCGGCGCAUAGGAGAGAAUUCGGGCGUAUUAAACAGUAGCAAUGGAGGCGAAGCAAAGCUCGAAUGGAUGUAUAAAAAUAGCGCAGAGCUAAUCAAUCGAGAGGAAUAUCUGCUGGGUCGCAAAAUAGAUAAAUCAUUUGAGCAGCUGCAGGCGGAGGAGAAGCGACAGGAGCAAAACACUCUGGGCGUUAAGCAGUCCAUUAACCAUGUCGAGCACGAGUGUGUGCCGUUCUCUAUACGUGAAUAUCGUAAUAUGCAAUCCACCGAGCAGGUGGAUAUGCAGCGCAAGACAAUGGAGGAUCCGCUGAUGCUCAUCAAACAGAGAGAAAUGGAAUCGCGACGCAAGCUGCUGGAGAAUCCAGUGAAACUAAAGGAAAUCCAUCGCUUACUUAAAACGGAGCAGGAACUGGCAGCAAAGCGCAACAAAAAGUCCAAAAAGAGCAAAAAGUCAAAGAAAAAGAAGAACAAAAAGGACGACAGCGAUGAUAGCGAUGACAGCAACGAGGAUCUGGACAGAAAGCUGGCCAAGCAGAUGAAAAAACUCAAAGGUGAGAGCACAAGUGAGGACUUUAAGCUGGACAAACUGCUGGAUGCCAAGUACCGCACGUUGACCAAACAGCUGGAUAUGGCCACAAAGCAGAAGAAACAGAAGAGCAAGAAGAAAUCAAAGCGUCCUAGCAGGAGUAGUAGCAGUAGCAGCAGCAGCAGCGAUGAUAGCGAUAGCAGCGAGGAGGAGUCAAAGGCAGGCAGAAGAAGGCGUGGUAGAAGUCGAAGCAGAAGCUCUGAGGAGCAAACAAAACGAGCAAAAGAGAGUCGAGGCAGACGUAAUAGCAGCGAUGAUGAGACGCGCUCGAAGAAGAUCAGGGAGAGCAAAGGCAGACGUGAGAGGAGCGCUGAUGAGCAAGAGAAAAAGGGAAGAAGGAGAGGCGACAGUCGGUCAAAUGAACAAACAAAGUCUAGUAGGGAGAGCAGAAGACGACGUGAUCGAAGCGACAGCAGCGCAGAUGAACGAUCGAAAAAGACAAAGGAGAGUAAAGAGAGAAGGAAUAGAAGUAACAGCAGAGCGGAUGAGCGAACAGGGCAGCAGAGCAGGGCAGCUGAGAGAUCUAAAAAGACAAAGGAGAGCAAAAAAAGACGUAGCCGAAGCGAUAGCAGCGCACAUGAGAGAUCGGAAAAGGCCAAGGAGAGUAGAGCAAGAGGAACAAGAAGCAACAGCCGCGAGGAUGGCAGAGUAAAGUCAAAAGAAAAGAAAAGAAGAGGCGAGAGAAGCAGCAGCAGAACAGACGAGCGAAUAAAGCUGAUGAAGGAGACCAAGACAAUGCGUAGGCGAAGCAUUGAGAGAUCGGAAAAAGCCAAGGAGAGUAAAUCAAGAGGCGAAAGAAGCAGCAGUCGGGAGGCGGACAGAGGAGGGGACAAACAGUCUAAAGAAAAGAAAGGAAGAGCGGAGAGAAGCAGCAGCCGAACAGAUGAGCGAACAAAGCAAAAGAACGGAAGACCAGAAGAACGACGCAGGCGCAGCAGAAGUCGCAGUCCACGCCGAGAUCAACGUCAAAGAAGUCGCAGCAAUGAGCGACGUCGACCUAGUCCCAAGCCAGCUAUGGCUCCGCCUCCUCCUGUUACUCGUCAGCCAGAGAAAGCGAAGCCGAAGCUCACCGAAAGUGAGCGCGAGGCGCGUCUGCGCGAGAUGAUGGACAAUGCUGUCUGGCGCGAGGCCGAUCGCACCAAGGUCGUGCACAAGCAUCGUGAGGAAUAUGCACGCGAGGAAGCACUAAAUCAGGCCCGCGAAUUUGACCAACAGUUCAUCAACAAGGAGGUGAAGAAGGCCAUCGAUAAUCAAACGUCCAUCGGCAAUCGCAUUCGCUCCAAUCUCAACAACAUACAGCGCACCUCGGCUGCCAUGGAUGCGAACUUUGCUCGCAAAUAAUUCUAGCAAAAGUAUUUAAGUGGCAUUUAUACAAACUAUAUUUGUACUCAGCUUAUAGAUGCGACUCAAGAUGAUAAAUAAUUAGCUUACGUUUUUUAUAACUUGCAAAUUUAAUAAAAAAAAAAAUAA